GCUAACAUACUGAAAUCAUCAACCAUCCCAUCAACUCAUCAAACAUUGCCCUCACGUGAACACAACUAAUUAGUUCGUGAUCAUGAAGGUCUCCUCUUUGCAGCCGAUGCUGCUUCUGAUCAUCUUGUCUAGUUCCUGCUGCCUGAGUGCAAAUGCAGGUGCUAGAGAUCACCAUGAACUCCAACGUUUCAUGGUUGUGCCAACAAGCUCCCUCAAGCACAUCCCAGAAGACGCUACCUGCUCCGGACACAAGGUGAAACCAUCCAACAGCACCGCCUGGGUGCCGAUGAACCGACCACACGGUCCAUGCUCAUCAACGUCGUCGAGGGCAUCAGAGGAUAUGGGCAUCGAUGUCGAUGACAUGCUUCUGUGGGACCAGCUCCGCACCAGCUACAUCCGGACUCAGCUCUCCACUGAUGUCGGCAGUGUCGGUGCAGGGAUACCGAUAAUCGCCAGAUCUACCACAGUGUCUAACCGGGAUUAUACACCGUCUUCAACAGCUUCAGUCGGGACUAACUCAGGGACGUCCAAAUCGAUCCAAAAGUCUGAUCAAACAACAACCAACGAACACCAAGACGCAGUGAGCCAAACGGUGGUCGUCGACACGAGUAGCGACAUCCCCUGGGUGCAGUGCCUCCCAUGCCCCAUCCCGCAGUGCCACCUCCAAAAGGAUCCCUUAUAUGACCCCGCCAAGUCGAGUACAUUUGCACCAAUUCCAUGUGGCUCUCCGGCCUGCAAGGAGCUCGGCAGCAGCUACGGCAAUGGCUGCUCACCCACCACCGAUGAGUGCAAGUACAUUGUAAACUAUGGAGACGGUAAGGCGACUACCGGGACGUAUGUCACUGACACGCUGACGAUGUCCCCAACCAUUGUGGUGAAGGACUUCCGGUUCGGGUGCAGCCAUGCGGUGAGGGGAUCCUUCAGCAACCAGAACGCAGGCAUCCUGGCACUCGGCGGCGGUCGCGGGUCGCUUCUAGAGCAGACGGCAGAUGCCUAUGGUAACGCAUUCUCCUACUGCAUCCCAAAGCCGAGCUCCGCCGGUUUCCUCUCGUUGGGUGGGCCGGUGGAGGCCUCGUUCAAGUUCGAAUAUACACCUCUCAUCAAGAACAAGCAUGCGCCGACGUUCUACAUCGUGCACCUCGAGGCGAUCAUCGUGGCCGGAAAACAACUGGGCGUGCCGCCAACGGCUUUCGCCACCGGCGCGGUGAUGGACUCCGGCGCAGUUGUCACGCAGCUGCCACCACAAGUGUACGCUGCACUGCGAGCCGCCUUCAGAAGCGCCAUGGCAGCAUAUGGCCCACUGGCGGCUUCGGUGCGCAACCUCGACACAUGCUAUGACUUCACCCGCUUCCCUGAGGUCAAGGUCCCAAAGGUUUCUCUCGUAUUCGCUGGUGGCGCCACCUUGGAUCUCGAACCGGCUUCCAUAAUUUUGGAUGGCUGCCUGGCGUUCGCGGCCACCCCCGGUGAAGAAUCCGUCGGGUUCAUCGGCAACGUGCAGCAGCAGACUUACGAAGUUCUGUACGACGUCGGCGGCGGCAAGGUAGGAUUCCGUCGUGGUGCGUGCUGAUGUGGCAGGUUGCAGGACAACCAGUCGUGUGAUGGCCCAAUGGUAUGUAUUUGGGGUCUGCAAGCUAGCUCAUUGUGAUCGAGCUAGUUUCUUAUAAAUAAAUGGAAGAAGAAGAUGUAAUGCGUGUAUUUUUUUUUUCAAAUGGCCUAUGAUUGUAAUCCUUACAAGGUACAUCCAACCAAUGACUGUUAAGUCAGCUUAUAUAAUUAUUACUGUACCGAUUGAUGUGCAAUAGUACAAUUUCUUUUUUCUCAUGA